UAAUUCCAAUAGUAUAGCGGUCUUUUGUGCAUAAACUCGAUGUAGGUACAACAAUGUAGUCGGAGAAGGCGUAUUAUUUGUAAUAUUUAUCUCUAAUGACGCGGAAAGCGAAUUCCCGUACUCCUGACGGGCUGUGCGUUUGCGCCUCCUGUCUAGAACGAGAGGUGUAACGACACUUUACUUUUCCCAUUUCAAGGUUUGGUAUCGGUGUUGGGCACGACUAAAGCGUUUAAAGCGGGCGGAGAGUUUCUUUACAGAGCCAAGAUGCUAAACAUGUGGAAGGUUCGGGAGCUGGUUGACAAAGCAACCAAUGUGGUUAUGAAUUACUCAGAGAUUGAGUCUAAAGUAAGAGAGGCCACCAAUGACGACCCUUGGGGACCAUCAGGACAACUAAUGAGUGAAAUUUCAAGAGCCACCUUUAUGUUCGAGCAGUUCCCAGAUGUGAUGAACAUGCUGUGGACCCGUAUGCUGCGUGACAACAAGAAGAACUGGAGGAGAGUUUACAAGUCUCUACUGCUGCUUGCCCAUUUAAUCAGAAAUGGCUCAGAGCGGGUUGUCACUAGUGCCAGAGAACAUCUUUAUGACCUGAGAUCUUUAGAAAGCUAUCACUUUAUUGAUGAGCAUGGGAAGGACCAAGGGGUGAAUGUGCGCCAGAAGGUGAAGGAGAUGGUGGAGUUCGUCCAAGAUGAUGAAAGGCUGAGGGAAGAGAGGAAAAAGGCCAAGAAAAAUAAAGAUAAAUAUGUUGGUGUGUCUUCUGAAAGUAGAGGAUACAGAGGUUACUCGGGGGACCGAUAUGACUCCAGUGAAAGCCGUAACCGGUGGGACGAUGACUGGGAGAGUAACAAAGGACAGUUUCCUUUCAGCGAUAAGUUGGGGGAGAUCAGUGAUAAGAUUGGAAGCACCAUUGAUGAUACCAUCAGCAAGUUUAGGAAGAAGGACAGAGACGACUCACCAGAUCGAUUUAGGUAUGGGCAUGACAAUGAGGAGGAGCGAGGUCGCUCGUCUCAAAAUGGUAAAUCUGGCAAAGAAUUUAAAGAUGAAGAGACAGUUACCACCAAAAGUGUACAAAUCGUUCAAGCAACAGAGACUACAGCCACUCGCAAGAGAGGAGGCGUCCCAUCUAAGAAAGUGGACCUGGGGGCAGCCGCCCAGUACACAGGAGAAAAGAGCCCAAACACCACAACCAAACAACCUCAAUCAGCAGCAACACAGCCUUCGAGUAGUGGACUCGUUGACCUACUAAUGGUAGAUUCCACACCUUCACAGCCUGUUUCCACAGACUUGAUGAGUGGAUUUGCAGACUUCUCGUCACCCGCUGCUUCUGCUGGCCUUUCCGCAGGAUCCGCUACAACAGUCUCCAGUAACAACGGAGACUUUGGUGAGUGGAAUGCAUUCCCUGGUGGCCAGUUGCCAGCAUCUGCUCAGCCAGUAGACACCAGUGCUCCUUUUGGAGCUAAUAGAGCAGGUCCUGCUCUCAUACCUGCCCCAGUCACCAGUGUGGGCUCCAGUUCAUCCUCAGCAGAUCUAUUUGACUUGAUGGGGCCGACUCAGAUGUUCAAUUCCUCUCAGAGCGUCAACUUCAACAUGAACAGUUCACAGAGCCUAACUACCACAGGCCUGCCUCAGUCAAUGUCACAGCCCCUUCAGAAAAUUGGAGCACCUUUACAACCGCAGACUGCUCAGCAGGGACUCAUUUCUCAGGGUGCUCCAGCCAAAGCGUCGCUCCCUUCCACCUGGUCAGACCACUCAGUGAACAUCAGCCUCGACUUCUUGGGACCCGGCAUGCAGGCCCCCAAACAGACUCAACCCACCCUCAACACACUUCAACAAGGAAACCAGGCCAAUGCUAGUAUGCUGUCCCAAGGAUUUUCUACAAUCAGUCUUGGACCCAAUGCAGUCAGACCGCCGGUCAAUGCUAUGAUGCACCCCAGUGCUGGAAUGGGAAUGGCACCUAACCCUGGCAUGAUGGCAAUGGGUUUGCCUCUCAAUCAGCCAAUGAUUGGGAUGUCCAUGGCUUCCAACCAGGGGAUGAUGGGGAUGGGAAUGAACAUGGGAGGAGUUACAAUGGCAAUGCCUGGUGCCAUGGGAAUGGGGAUGAACGCGACAAUGGUUCAGCAAUCCAAACAUGACAGCUUCGCUGACUUUGGGAACUUUGGAAAGUGACAGGGAGCAUAGAUGAGCCAAGGGGUUACUGGUGAAGGAUUGUUCUGAGCUUCAAACAAAGAGUACUUGAAUAAUAUCAACUCCCACAACAUCAACACCCUGCAAUCUCUUCAUUUUAAACAAAUAAUGCUGUGUAAUGAAAUCAUCUAAAUGAAUGAAUGUGUGCGUGUAGUUUGACCAAUGAUCAGUGCGGUCUUCAGACAGCUACUGUAAAUUGUGUGCCUUGCUGGUCAUGAAUGUCAGCCGUGUUUGCUUUUUUUAACCUCCAAUCAAAAAAAAAUCAACAGAUUUGCAAAAAUGUAUAUACCGUACAUAUAUAUAUAUAUAUAUAUAUAUAUAUAUCGGUAGAUGCAUCACAUUUUGAGAUGCCUCCUAUUGAAUGAUGAGUUUGGAGGACAUGAUCAGCCAUUUUAACUUUCUAAUAUAUUAUCAAGUUACCUCUCAUUUUGUCCUUUGUCUUCCUUUAGCCUGUAAAUAGAAAUAUACAUCUUUACCCUGUAAGGUCAGAAAUGAAGAAAAUUAACACAUUCUCUGCCAUUGAAGGGAGUUGACAACCAAUUCGUUGGACUGAGCUCAGUUCAAAAAGAUUAGGCGCCUUUUGCCAUUAAUUGGCAGUAAGUGGGAUUGGCCUUACAAUGUUAACUUUUACGUCAUCCCCACAAAAGUGAUUAAAGAGCUCUUUGUUACCUUUUUUGUACAUGCCAUACCACAUGCAAAAAGCAGUUUUUCCAAAAACUAGACCAUCCAUCUUUUGGGUCAAUUUUAUGUUCAUAUAUUUUCUCUAAAGAAAAGUAAUUAUUUAGCAUUUAAAUAUGAUAAUCAGUACCUGGGGCAUAUACGUAUAUAUUUUUUUAUCCCCCUAGUAAAGCCCAAGAGUGCCUGGAAGACCUUUGCCUUUUCUCAUCUAUUCACCUCCAUAAAAGAGACAAUGUGGCCAUGUAGUGUUGAAGGCAGCAACCACACCGUGCACAAAUACUGCACGUUUGCUCUCGUGCCUCAAGCCAAGUAAACUGCCUGUACACCAACCAGGCAGUUGUCUUAAUUAGUUCACUUAUUGCUGUUAGUUUCUUAAACCUAUACUUCCUCUCUUUGGUUGUGUAAUUCGUUGGCGUAGACUGUUUGCCAAUUGCAUCACGUUCAUUUUACUUCUUUAUUUUCACAUUUCCAACAGCUCAGAUGCAGAAUUUGUUAGCUUAUUCGAAUGGGAGUGCAUGUAUUUCCCUUGCAACUUAGCAGGUGUUUUAAAAGCUGAGCAAGAGGAAUAACUGUGGUGCUCAUGUGUUGGAUGGACAUACAAAGCACUGCUCCUCGCAGGACCAAGUGCCUCCUGACCCUUGCAACUGUAAUACAACAUAAAUUCUGGGUGCCUGACAUUUUAUUUUUUUGGUUUGCCAAUGAAAUCAAUAAUUCAUAUGCCAGAGUACAAGAAAGUGGAUACUGCAGCCUUGGGGCCCCCAUGAGGUCUUGCACACUGAUCCAAUGUAGCCUUUUAUUGAAGUAUGGAGCAUUACAAUGACCAAAAUCUAUUGUUUUAGUUUUGUUUUAUGCCAAUUUUUUUCUACUUUUGAUCUCAAAGUAAAAAUGGGGUUGUUUCUGAAACACUAGUAUAUGCAAAGAUCAAAAAGAAAAUCCUUUGAGAAAUAUUGCAUUAUUCCCAUUUUGAUUUACGUAGCAAUAUUGUUUCUCUACAACAUUAAACUUGAUUUAAAUGACUUAAUGUAGUGUGGUAGUUGUUUUGUGUCAUUAGUUUCAUUUAUAAGAGCAUCAAGCAGCACAAGUAAAGUUUAUUCAAUUUGGAAAUUGCUUUUAGUGACUUUGAAACGUGAUUAAAAGUAUCCAGAACCAACCAAAAACCAAAAAUUGACUCCCCCCCCAAAAAUACACUUUUUUGGC